AUGCCUUGCUUGCUUCCGAUCUCCUCACAAACCCUCCUUAUUGAAGAAGAAAAAGAGGCGGAAAAGGGCAAUGAUGUUAAUGUUAAACGCAUUAAGGAAUACCAUCACAAAGUUGAGGAUGAGUUUUGCAGGAUUUGCAAUGACAUUCUCACAAUCAUUGAUGAGCAUCUUAUCCCAUCUUCUGGCAGUGGAGAGUCCAUAGUCUUCUACUACAAGAUGAAGGAAGAUUAUUAUCGUUAUAUUGCAAAGUUCAAGUCUGUAAAUGAAAGGAAAGAAGCUGCAAAUCAAUCUCUCAAAGCUUAUCACGCAACUUCAAAUCCAACAACAAUUGACCUUCCUCCUACCCAUCCUAUCAAACUUGGUCUGUCAUUGAAUUUCUCAGUGUUCUACUAUGAAAUUCUAAAUUCUCCUGAGAGAGCCUUCCAUUUGGCCAAACUAGCAUUUGAUGAAGCAAUUGAAGAGCUUGACACUCUUAGUGAAGAGUCCUACAAAGACAACACAUUAAUCAUGCAACUACUGAGGGAUAAUCUUACUCUCUGGACAUCUGAUUUAUAGGAAGAAGGGGGUGAAGAUCAGGUUAAAGUGGAGGAUGACAAGAUAGAAGAACUUGAGCACUAGCACUGAUUGCAGGA